AUGUGCAGUAACCAAGGCAGUCAUGGCAUAGAAACUCUUGUGAACAAUGUUGUCAUGGGCAGCAGUGAGAAUUGUGAUCUGACUAGAGAGGGCUGCAACAAUCUUGUGUUGACCGUCUUCCAAAGCUUUCUGCAAUCUUGGGAUGUCAAAAUAGUUAAUGGUCAGGCCUUCAUCAUUAAAGUUGGUAUCGCUCGACAAGUCACCUAUGAGGUGGUGAAGAUGGCAGUGGUUGAGUUUGGGUUAGAGAUGGGAAAUAAAGCCAUAGAGAUUAUUGAUCCAGUUGUUAAAGUUGUCUUUGGCUUCAGAUUGAUCGGAGGGUUAUGGUGGUCAUUGGGAGAGACCAUCAGGGCUAUGAGAGAUGCCAGGGACAUGUACAAGUGUAAAAUAGAAGGUGAGGAUAGAGACAAUCCACCAAUUGAUACUGGCACUGGGUUUGAGAUCUGGGUUAUGUGCAUCUACUUCAACUAUCAGGUUCCGAACGCCAAUAAGAUACAUUUUGAGCGAUUAAAGGGCAUAGAAGAGGCCAUAGAGUUUGAGCUUGGGCUGGAAGAAUUGUGA